GGCCCCGGGCACGCCCAGAGCGCGGCGUGCGGCCCCGGCCCCGGCGGCGCAGCCUCGGCGGGCGCGGGGCGCGGGAGGCGGGGCGGCCGCGGCCGUGAGCCCGCCCCCCGCUCGCCCUCCGCCGGCCGGCCGGCGCGGCCAUGGAGGUCUACAUCCCGUCCUUUCGCUACGAGGAGAGCGACCUGGAGCGGGGAUACACGGUGUUUAAGAUAGAAGUGCUAAUGAAUGGAAGAAAACACUUUGUUGAAAAAAGGUACAGCGAAUUUCAUGCUUUGCACAAAAAGCUUAAGAAAUGUAUAAAAACUCCAGAAAUCCCUUCUAAACAUGUUAGGAACUGGGUCCCAAAAGUGUUGGAACAACGACGACAAGGUUUGGAAACAUAUUUACAGGCUGUCAUUUUAGAAAAUGAAGAACUUCCCAAACUGUUCCUUGAUUUUCUAAACGUGCGACACUUGCCCUCUCUACCAAAGGCAGAAAGUUGUGGAUCUUUUGAUGAGACAGAGUCUGAAGAGUCAAGCAAACUGUCCCACCAGCCCGUGCUGCUGUUCCUCAGGGAUCCAUACAUCUUGCCUGCAGCCAGCGAUUUUCCAAAUGUGGUUAUUGAAGGAGUUCUCCAUGGGAUAUUUUACCCUCAUCUGCAGCCCAGGUAGAAAUCCUGCAUGGCUACAAGAAGCUGAAGCAAGUUUCGAAGGCCAAGGAAAUCAAUACCUACCAAAUUAACCUAAACUCUAUGACAUGACGACUCUAGCUAGUGGUAAAAUUCACAGUCCCGGCUUAAUUCAGGGCAGGGACCUUUCCAUUAGAAUGGUGCUUUUAAAAAUAGAAACUAAACCAGGGCAGUGGUCAGGUUAAGGCCAAGUGUUUAAGAAGUAAACUGUAGCUGCCGACUUAGAAACCACGGAAAGGAGGCCACAGUACUGGGCCAGCAAAACAGUCACCCUCUGCUUCAGUCACACCAUUUGGUAAUUGAAAGUCACAUCCUGAAUCAUGCUGAGACUGAUCAACUUCGGUAGCUUUCUCGUUCAGAUCUUACGACACACUAAUCUCACCAGGACGUUUUCUCAGCCAGUGGCAGCACAUUCUGAAGUGCCGGCACCAGGAGACUGUCACAGAAACACACCACGCUCAAUGAGAGGGAGGAACUAAACUGGAAAUUAAAUUAUAAUGAUAAUCUUAUGGCAUUUUAAUUUGCAUGACAGUGGAGUUGCAUCAUACCCAGGGGUAGCUUCCAACAGCAACGCAGAAGGUAAAACGGGCCAUUAGGGUGAUUCUUGGAAGCCUUUAGAAAGGCGCCGUGUUGGAAAUCUGUGCGUCCAUCUCCGCCAGCUCUUACUCCGGUGUUGGAAGAAAAGAGCGUUUCUUCGCUUGAAGACCAGACGACGUCGUCGGUGUGUAGGGGCCAUUUU